UACAGGAAACGUCAUCUUUACCAAAAAAUCAAAGGAUGGAGACCUGUUAUGAUGAUGUGUGUAGUCCUCACCACGCUUCCCAGCUUCAGCUUUUCUAUAGCAGUGACCAAGGUUCAAAAGAAUAUUAAUGGUUCCACUGAUAUCUUACCGAAUACGUUACCUGACCUGCCAGUCUCUUUGGUUCUGACCUGCUUGAUCGUGGUUGAUAUUAUUGAGAAACUCAGGACAUAUCCUCUUAGAGGGAGGCAAAAGAACACUAGGCAAUUUUUAAUAUACAAUGAAGACCACAAGCGCUGCGUGGAAGCAUUAACUCCCAGUGCAGUUCAAACUGCAGUUUGCAACCAAGACAACGAUGCUCAGAAAUUCCGAUGGGUGUCUGAAUCGCAGAUCAUGAGUGUUGCCUUUAAGUUAUGCUUAGGGGUACCAUCAAAAACUGACUGGGUUGUGGUCACUCUGUAUGCCUGUGACGCCAAGAGUGAAUUUCAGAAGUGGGAGUGCAAAAACGACACGCUUUUGGGAAUCAAGGGAGAAGAUUUGUUUUUUAACUACGGCAACAGACAAGAAAAGAACAUCAUGCUUUACAAGGGGUCAGGUUUAUGGAGCAGAUGGAAAGUUUACGGGACCACGGAUGAUCUGUGCGCUAGAGGUUAUGAAGCCAUGUACACGCUCCUGGGCAAUGCCAACGGGGCAACCUGUGCGUUUCCAUUCAAGUUCGAAAACAAGUGGUAUGCGGAUUGCACAACUGCUGGGCGAUCAGACGGAUGGCUCUGGUGUGCAACCACUACAGAUUAUGACGUGGAUCGGCUCUUUGGAUAUUGUCCGUUGAAAUUUGAGGGCAGUGAAAGCUUAUGGAAUAAAGAUCCGUUGACCAGCAUUUCCUACCAGAUAAAUUCCAAAUCUGCCUUAACUUGGCAUCAGGCGAGGAAGAGCUGCCAACAACAGAAUGCUGAACUCCUGAGUGUCACAGAGAUACAUGAGCAGACAUACCUGACAGGGUUAACCAGUUCCUUGACCUCAGGACUCUGGAUUGGACUGAACAGUCUGAGUUUCAACAGUGGAUGGCAGUGGAGCGGGGGCAGUCCGUUCCGAUAUUUGAACUGGUUACCAGGAAGUCCUUCAGCAGAACCAGGAAAAAGCUGUGUGUCACUAAAUCCCGGGAAAAGUGCUAAAUGGGAAAAUCUGCAAUGUGUUCAGAAACUAGGCUAUAUUUGUAAAAAGGGCAACACAACUUUGAAUUCUUUUGUUAUCCCCUCAGAAAGUGAUGUGUCUACCAACUGUCCAAGUCAGUGGUGGCCGUAUGCAGGCCACUGUUACAAGAUUUACAGAGAAGAGAAGAAAAUCCAAAGAGAUGCCUUGAUUGCAUGUAGGAAGGAAGGCGGUGACCUAGCAAGUAUCCACAGCAUCGAGGAAUUUGACUUCAUUAUCUCCCAGCUGGGCUAUGAGCCAAGUGAUGAGUUAUGGAUUGGCUUAAAUGACAUCAAGAUUCAAAUGUACUUUGAAUGGAGUGAUGGAGCCCCUGUAACAUUUACCAAAUGGCUUCGUGGAGAACCAAGUCAUGAAAACAAUAGGCAGGAAGACUGUGUGGUGAUGAAAGGCAAAGAUGGGUACUGGGCAGAUCGGGCCUGUGAACAGUCUCUUGGCUACAUCUGUAAGAUGAAAUCACAAGCCCAAACUCCAGGAAUAGUGGAAGUGGAAACAGGCUGCCGCAGAGGCUGGAAAAGACAUGGCUUCUACUGCUAUUUGAUUGGACACACACUUUCAACAUUUACAGAAGCAAACCAAACCUGUGUGAAUGAGAAGGCUUACCUAACAACUAUUGAAGACAGAUAUGAACAAGCCUUUCUGACUAGUUUGGUUGGAUUGAGGCCUGAAAGAUAUUUUUGGACAGGACUUUCAGAUGUACAAAACAAAGGAACUUUUCAGUGGACCAUCGCGGAAGGGGUUCAGUUCACCCACUGGAAUUCAGAUAUGCCAGGACGGAAAGCCGGGUGUGUUGCCAUGAGAACUGGGGUUGCAGGGGGCUUGUGGGAUGUCUUGAGAUGUGAAGAAAAGGCAAAAUUUGUGUGCAAACACUGGGCAGAAGGAGUAACUCGCCCACCAGAGCCUACAACCACCCCGGAACCCAAGUGUCCAGAGGAUUGGGGCACCUCCAGUAAAACAAGCUUGUGUUUCAAGCUGUUUACAAAAGGAAAACAUGAGAAGAAAACAUGGUUUGAAUCUCGAGAUUUUUGUAGAGCUCUGGGUGGAGAUCUAGCUAGUAUCAAUAAUAAGGAGGAACAGCAAACAAUAUGGCGAUUAAUAACAGCUAGUGGAAGCUACCAUGAACUGUUUUGGUUGGGACUGACAUACGGAAGUCCUUCUGAGGGCUUUACUUGGAGUGAUGGAUCUCCUGUUUCAUAUGAAAAUUGGGCUUAUGGAGAACCUAAUAAUUAUCAAAAUGUUGAGUAUUGUGGUGAGUUGAAAGGUGACCCUGGUAUGUCCUGGAACGAUAUUAACUGUGAACAUCUUAACAACUGGAUUUGCCAGAUACGAAAAGGACAAACACCAAAGCCUGAGCCAACCCCAGCUCCUCAAGACAAUCCACCAGUCACUGACGAUGGGUGGGCUAUUUACAAAGACUACCAGUAUUAUUUUAGCAAAGAGAAGGAAACCAUGGACAAGGCACGAGAAUUUUGCAAGAGGAAUUUUGGUGAUCUUGUUUCUAUCCGAAGUGAAAGCGAAAAGAAGUUUCUAUGGAAAUAUGUAAACAGGAAUGAUGCACAGCCAGCAUAUUUUAUUGGUUUAUUGAUCAGCUUGGAUAAAAAAUUUACUUGGAUGGACGGAAGCAAAGUGGAUUAUGUGGCUUGGGCCACAGGUGAACCCAAUUUUGCAAAUGAUGAUGAAAACUGUGUAACCAUGUAUUCAAAUUCAGGGUUCUGGAAUGACAUUAACUGUGGUUCUCCAAAUGCCUUCAUUUGUCAACGCCAUAACAGUAGUAUCAAUGCCACGGCUCUCCCUACCACACCCUCGGUCCCAGGAGGUUGUAAGGAAGGUUGGAAUUUUUAUAAUUACAAGUGUUUCAAAAUCUUUGGAUUUGUUGAAGAAGAAAGAAAAAAUUGGCAAGAGGCACGAAAAGCUUGCAUAGGAUUUGGAGGAAAUCUGGCGUCCAUACACAAUGAAAAAGAGCAAGCAUUCCUUACAUAUCAUAUGAAGAACUCCACUUUUAACACCUGGACUGGGCUGAAUGAUGUCAAUUCAGAGCACACCUUCCUCUGGACGGAUGGACGAGGAGUUCAUUACACAAACUGGGGGAAAGGUUACCCUGGUGGGAGGAGGAGCAGUCUUUCUUAUGAAGAUGCUGACUGUGUUCUUAUUAUCGGAGGGAAGUCAAGGGAUGCAGGAAAAUGGAUGGAUGACACCUGUGACAGUAAGCGAGGUUAUGUAUGCCAGACACUUCCCGACCCUUCCUUGCCUAGUUCUCCAACAACAAUUCCAACAGAUGGCUUUAUUAAAUACGGCGAAAGUAGCUAUUCACUCGUGAAAUUAAAGCUGCAGUGGCAUGAAGCAGAUGAUUAUUGCAAGCUUCACACUUCCCUGAUUGCUAGCAUUCUACAUCCCUAUAGCAAUGCAUUUGCAUGGAUGCAGAUGCAAACCCUGAAUGAACCUGUGUGGAUCGCCCUGAACAGUAACUUGACCAAUAAUGAAUAUGUUUGGACCGAUAAAUGGAGGGUGAGGUACACUAAUUGGGCCACUGAUGAGCCCAGACUGAAGUCAGCGUGUGUUUAUAUGGAUCUUGAUGGCUAUUGGAAGACAGCACAUUGCAAUGAAAGUUUUUAUUUUCUCUGCAAAAGAUCAGACGAAAUCCCUGCCACUGAACCUCCACAGCUGCCUGGUAGAUGCCCCGAGUCAGAGCACACAGCGUGGAUUCCUUUCCAUGGUCACUGCUACUAUAUCGAGUCUUCAUAUACAAGGAACUGGGGCCAAGCUUCUCUGGAAUGUCUUCGAAUGGGUUCCUCUCUGGUUACCAUUGAAAGUGCUGCUGAAUCGAGUUUCCUGUCAUAUCGAGUUGAGCCACUUCAAAGCAAAGCCAACUUUUGGAUAGGACUGUAUAGAAAUGUUGAAGGAAUGUGGCUAUGGAUAAACAACAACCCACUCUCCUUUGUCAACUGGAAAACAGGCGAUCCCUCUGGUGAAAGAAAUGAUUGUGUCGCUUUAUAUGCAUCUUCUGGAUUUUGGAGUAAUAUUCACUGUUCUUCCUACAAAGGAUACAUUUGUAAAAGGCCAAAAUUUGUUGAUGCUGAACCUACUCAUACAUUAAUUACAACAAAAGCUGACCCAAGGAAGAUGGGCCCUUCCAAACCAUCUUCCAACGUGGCAGGAGUGGUAGUCAUCGUGAUCCUCCUGAUUAUAACGGGUGCUGGCUUCGCUGCGUAUUUCUUUUAUAAGAAAAGACGUGUGCAUUUCCCUCGAGAGGACACUUUUGAGAACACUCUCUAUUUUAACAGUGGAUCGAGUCCAGGAACUAGUGAUACAAAAGAUCUCAUGGGCAACAUUGAACAGAAUGAACAUGCAGUCGUCUAGAAUCAUGGUGUGAUUUAGGUAUAUUUGAAUUUCAUAAGAUUAUAACUAAAAUGGUAAAGUCUUUCAUUCAAUGUGAUUAUUUCCUUUCAAAUUAGUACCGUAUUACACUGGUCUGUCCUUUUCCUUUGCCUCAUGGAAAAAAUAAUUGUUCGUUUUCUAGCCUGGCAAGAUAUUUUCACAAAAGAGGGAUAGUAACAUUGACUACUAUGUUUAAAAAGAUCUUAGGUGAAUAUACAGCAUUGGUGUGUAGCUAGUGUCAACUGCAUACAGAUUACAAGAACCCCAGAAACAACCAGCUAAGCUUCUUGAAAUCAUUUAAGGAGCUCCCAAAGAAUUGUUACCCAUUGAAUAGUUAUUCAGUAAUUAGACGACCAUUUUAAAAGCCAAGUACAAAUAACCACAGGUGACACAAAAAUUUAGUCACUUUUUUUCUUAUACCCAUCUUGAUUUUUACUCCAGUGAUUUAGAAUUAUAUUUUUACAUGUGCGGAAAGAAUAAGGCAACUGAGAAUCUUGUUUGCCCCAAGCAGGAUUUUCCAGGCUGAAUACUGCAUAUGUGUUCUUUGUCCUGUUUUAUGUAUAUCAAGAAUGCAAAGAUGUGAAAUAAAAAUGUAAAUUUGCAUAACUGGAUAUAUUUAGAUAAUGUGAAAUAGACAUCAAAAACAAGGUCUAUUUUUAAUGGAUUUGUAUUUUGGUGAUCUUGGUAAGUGUAAAUUUUCUUUUAACUGAGAUUUAUUUAUCCAUUUACUUUACACUUCACUGUACUCUGAAAAUAAAUGAUAUUAUUAGUAGAGGAAUUCUUUAAACUCUUCAUCUGUUUGGAAAAAAAAGAUUGUUAAAACACUGUGCAUAAAAUGAAUUUUUUACCAUAAUGACUUGGCCAAUUUCCCUGGAUCUUUCCCCUGUAACACUGACUUAUUUCAGAAUUCAACAAUCAAAGGCACUGUUAUUGGGAGUUAGGUCUCUAAUAUCAUUUUCUCACUUUAGCAAUUCCUUUUUGCUUAAAAAGUUUUGCCUUGGAUAAAGCUUUAUGUACAUUGUGAAAUACAUUGGAGGUGUCAAAUCUUACACAGGUACCAUGCUCCCAGCUCAUUCUUGCCUUUCCCAAGGGGUUGCUCACGGGCGGAAAUUCCUUACCUGAGGUCCCUAAACAGGACUCCUUAGAUGACAUUAAGGGGUCUAUGAAGGCCCCCCAAAUUGUAUGCGAAAUGUCUCUAUUUGUGUUUAUGCUUUUUUUUUUCUUUCUGGGAAGAAAAUAGCUAGAUUUUCAAGAGAGUCUGUAAUUCAGAAAGGAGUAAGAAGUAGUGUACUGUGUAGGAGGUAAGGUGAGGUUUGCAAUACCCCACCUUAGAUAGGUGACAGGUAGAAAGAAACAGGAUGAGAGAGGUAGGCAAUUGUGGGAAAGCUUGCUGAGAACAAAACAACUCUCAUGCUUCAGACAAUAGAAAACCAAUUGCUUUUAUUUUCCUGGUAAGAACACAACAUAUUCCAUUAGAGGAAGUUCCAGUGGAAACAAUGGCUAUGGUGUCAAAGGAGAAUGUGGUUAAUUAUACUGAAAAAAAUCUUCAUAUAUACAUAUUUUUUUCUUUUAAGAUACAAGAGAAAGAUACAGAAGAGAAUUAGAGCUGUGAAAGAGGAGUGUAUGAGUGGGCACGAUUUACAGAUUCUUUACACAAUUCAUUUUCAUCAUAACUCAGAGCUGCGUUUUUGCAGAAAAUAUUUUGGACUUCAAACAACAUAUAUCUCAGGCUUAAAUGUCUUAUCCUUUCAAGAAACUGUAUUUGGCAGGGUGCUGAGUUUUAUGCUUCACACCCUCACAUUAUCCACUCAAACAUACAAUCAAAUAGAUAAGUCAUCUGUAUCUAUAUAUGUACCCAAAUUCAGUAGUAACGUAUUAAUAAGCAUUUUUUUUUGGAGGGGGGGAGGUUUUAUAAAGCAGAGAAGAGCAGUUUUUGUUUUGUUUGCUUCUUUGCAUUUCUUUUUGGUUUUGGUUGUUGUAGUUGAUUUGUUUUUGUUUCUGUUUCUGUUUAAAUAAAUUUAUUUAUUUUAUUUAUUUA